CAUGUCUUCAGAGAAGUGUCUCUUCCACAGGAAACAGCCCUCAACCCAACCUUGUCUACAGUUCUACUCUACCCAUUAAAUCUCUUUCUUUCCAUCAAGCACCAGUCCUUUUUAAAGUGUUCUUCCUGUUCUUCUCCCUCAAAAUCCCACUCCUUCACUGUAACCUACAUCAGAAGCAAAUAUUUUUCAUAGACUGCUGCUCAUUACUGAUAUGGCCCCAAUCACCUAUCUACUCCCCCUGAAAGUUGCAGUAACUGUUGGUUUCAUCUUUUCUCUUUCAUUUCUACCUUCCAUUCCAGGCUACAGUGAGAAUUUAAAGCAAAGGGAAAUGGUGUUGGGAUCAAAGCCUCCUGGCUGCGAGAACAAGUGCUUAAAUUGCAGGCCUUGCAUUGCUACCCUAGUCAUUCCUUCUCACCAAAAAACAAAGGCUUUCAUGAGUACUUCAUCAUCUCGUGGAGAAGAUGAUCGCUACUAUCUCCUCUCCUGGAAAUGUAGAUGUGGAAAUAAGCUCUAUCAACCAUGAUCGAUCUCGAUCAGCCAUUCUCGAUCCGUUUCUGUAGAUCGAAACUUUUAUAUAUAUUUAAGAGACGAGAGAAAGCUCGAUCCCGAGUUUCAAGGUGGUUCGAUUCUCUCUGUCUCUCUCGUGGUUUGCUUUGAAAAAUUAUGUAAUGUCAUUAAUUAGUUUUAAUGAUUAUGAUUUGUGUACGUUGUGUAAUUACCUCCCUCCUUCC